CACGUACAAAAUGACGCCACUCACCCACUAGGAGCUACAUUCCGCUGUGAGAGGCGAGCGAGCGGCGCGCGUGAGCGGUGCAUACGGAUCCGGAUUACUCACUCGGCUCUUUCGCUCGCACCCCCGCUGUACAAACUCGACGCAGAACGGGCGAAACCCAGGGGAAAUUUUGGAGGGCGUUUUUCAAAUUGUUGUGAAGAAACGCGCAACAACAGGCUUCAGUCAGUCGUAGUGGUGGGGGGAAAGAAAAUUUGAGCUCGAGUGUGCGAGUGUGUGGGUUUUUUUCAACUUGUUGAGCUUCCUCGGACUGAGUAGGGACAUUCUUUUGGAGAUAGUGUCCAGCGAACAUUUUUGUUUACGGAGCGUUUUUGUCUUAGUGAUAGGUUUGUGUUCCCGGACGAACUGAUAGUGUUGAUAUUUUAGAGUAACCUGGCUGCUAUUUUACUUAUUUCCCCCUUUACGUUUCAAACUUCCCCGCCCAGUGCACUGAUAUACACCGUCUCUCCUUUCCCGCUCAUUUUGAAAAAAAAAAUCAUCCUAUAAUACUUUCGGACGGAACAUUUUGAGACAUGAUCGCACACACACCUGUUGUUUGAUGCCAGUUGAAUGACAACUUGGGCCGAAUCGUAGAUAAAAAAAAAUCCACCAAAAACGGAAAUAAACACCGCAGAUUUUCACCGACUGUGAUCCGGCUUGAAGUUGUUUUGUUUUGCUGUUGUUUUUUUUUUUCGUUUGAACGCGUGACUUUUUAGAGAAGGCAGACAAUACAGGUGGAUAACGGAAAAGGCAAAGAGUCUGUAGUCAGUCAGUAGACACUGACAGGACGAGAAGCAGAAUGUGAGCCAUCAUCGCACACACACACACACACACACACACAGACACAGCACGCACGCGCACGCACGCGCAAGCACGCACGCGCUUCCUCGUUUUUCCUCUACUGCUCUGGGAUCGGCGUAGUAUGAUCUUGUCUCAAGACUGAUGGGGCUACAGAUCUAUACUAACGGAUGUGUGUAGCCGCGGAGGGUGGGGAGCAAGCAAGGACUGACUGUGUGGUGUGUAGCUGCUGAUGGCACAUUGCGAUGUUGUGUUUUUCCCACUUGCUGCUGAGUGAGGGAGCCCUUCUUUCGGGUGUGUUGAUGGUUUUUCUUCUCGACUUCUCUCGUACGGUGCCGGUGUAGCACAGUGCUACUCGAAACAAAGCUGACUUGACCACAGGACAAGUGAGGGAAUCAUGUGACCGUCUAUGUCUGUGACGCCAGAGAGCCAACAGUGAACUGGUAGCGUCCGGCGUACCAGGAGAACAGAGCUGACCAUACUUGUUGCGUGCUUCAGUCUGAUCCCAAGGAGAAAUUCUUUCGUGAUUGUUCAAGAGACUCGAAUCUCAUGAAACACGUCAUUCAUCACGUUGUAGGUGAACUUGGCGUAAAAGUCCACCAGCUCACAAUAUAUUAAACUCCUGUUUCGAACAAUUUCGAAGCGCUGAACGGAUAGUUCUAAUACAGAAAAGCUAACUACCAAGUUGCUGCUCUACGGAAUAUAAUUUAUCAUCUCUUUCGAAUACUUUACAAAUGCAAGUCCAGUUUGACGCAUCAAGCAUUAUUGUUCUCGGACAAGGAAUUGGUAGAUCUAUGCAUUUCUGAUAACUUAUGAAAUGAAAACAGAAAGACGAUGUUAGAUCACAAUAAAUGGUCUUACAAAACCGUACAUGCUUUCUGAAAGACUGGUGGAUUUCAAGAGAACUACAUGAUCUGCACUAUAGUGGGAAGUUUUUACCCAGAGAAUAUAUCUGCAGAACAAUCUAGUUUGGAGCCAAUGUCACAGUAGUGACUGUUUUCGAUUAUAAUCCAAAUUUCGUUUUCUGAGUGCUUUGAAAAAAAAAGUGAGCUCUACUCGACUAUUGAUUACGCCAUCACAACUAGCCAGAUCUAUGUCACAGCUGUGACGGCAAUACGACGGCUGGAAUGCAUUGCUUUGUAAACUUCGCUUAUAAUCUGUUACAAUGAGGUUGAGAGAUUUGGUGGCAAACUCUCUCCCCCGAAUGAGGGGGAGGAAGAAGAAAUCUCCACCGGUGCCAGGGUCAGAAGUUAAUCCAGCUGCCUGUAAUGUCGUGGACAAAUGCCAGCAACGCUUUUCCAGCGGCACUCACUACGCGCCCCGAGAAGGCAGUGUGGAAAGAAUGGCGCUGGCAGAAGCCAGCUGGAGAGGAAACGCUCUUUAUAGAGGGAUGGAAACCGAGAGAAGAGGAGGCGUUGAAGUGUCCGGAAGUAGAAUGAUGACGCGGAGCUACACGUCACACGGCAUCGUGGCGUCGCAGAGCGCUGAGGGGUUCCCGUCAGGCGUGGUUAUGAUGUCACAGAGUUACGACGCCAGAAUGGCCGUCUCAGAAUACGGCGGAUCGUCUACACAAAUUGCAGCCAUGUGUGAGACGUCUGCUCGAGUGCCCGAGGUGGCGCAGUACAACCAGGAACAACAACAACAUUUUUACCAUUGUUACGUUCACAAACACAGCCACCAACAUCACCACCAUUACCAUCACCAUCAUCAUGUACAGCCAUCGCAACCCAUGAAACCGUUAUCUCAAAACCAGCAAUUGUGUUCCAACACCCAGCAUUAUCAGACUCACAAAUCGGAGCCUGGAUUUUUCCGCAAAUCCAUUGCAUCGUUCCGUGGCAUUCGCAAACAGAGCAGCAAGGCAAAUAAGGAGAAAGCGAUGGGAAAACAGGCCUCGGGGGAAACAAUGCGCUGUUCUGUUUGCCCGUACCCCGAGGCGGGUGCUUCUGCUGACAGAAAACCUGCAGAUAAAAGACCUGUCAAACCCAAAAGAAAAGGCUUGAAGGGAUUCUCGAGAUCCAAAGAAAACUCAGAAGUGGUAUCUGGUCGAGAAAAAUGCGAUCAACUUUGGUUCUCCGACAACGAGGCUCAGAAUUCGCUCAGUCCUGCAUUGAGGUGUGACAACAGUGGGCCAUAUCAUGUCACUAUGGAAAGAUCUCGAACAAGAGAGUGCUCGGUGGAAAGCUGCUCGUCUCGACUCUACAGUUCUCGUGAAAGCUCGUGUGUUCGAGAGACAGAUUUGACAGGUUUUGAUUCUGCUUCCCUGUCUGGCUACGAAUCCGAUCUUCCGCGAAGUAAAGUUCAUAGGUCAAGAUCACGGAUCAAGACGAAUCCAUGGCUUCCGUCGCCCCAGCCGUCGCUGUCUGGAAGCAGAAGAGCUGGGUCAUGUGAUAUUAGAGAGUCAUGUGAAGAUAUGAUGCUUGUGGAUGACGUCAACGGUCGCACAGUCCCCAGAUCUGCUUCAUUUGAGUGCCAAAGGAGACCUAGCUUACAGGUGUUCACGGGCCGGGAGGGGAAUCACACUUCUAUCCAGCGACACCGGUCUCUGACGCCGAGUGACGUACGGAGUGACCCUUGCUUUGCUGGUACACCCAGGAUACUUUCUCAAUACGACGAAAAGGAAGUCCCUCCAUCGUUCGUCCCGCCAGCACCACCUGACUGUUCAGAGUUAAAUGACCUCAGUUCAGAACCUUCGAGAUCGAGACCCACUUCCAUUGUUUCUCCAAAUUCGGAAUUCGUCAUGCUGGCUGAUAAUUUGGAGCAGUUGGCCAACAACAUCAGUUUUGAAUACGAAGACUUGUUGGACUCAACCUUAGAAAGUGUUUCGGCGUGCCCCGAGGAUGGACAGGCGUCUAUACAGGAACUCCUCACAGACGAAGACAGUAAUGGGCUGAGUACUCCUGGUAGUUCUGGAGAUAGGAAGUGCAAACAGAUGCGCAGUAACAGCGAUUUUCUUAAAUGCUCUGGAGACGGGUUAAGUAACGCGCACAGCCCUGACUCUGGUGUUGGGGGACUCGGCUCAACGGAUGGCGAUGAUCUCUCUUCGCCCCACCGCCAGUCGGAAGGAAAGACUCUGUCAAUGGACUGUUCUUUCUCAGAGACGCCUCGAGCUUUUUGUUUGAAAUCUUCCUGUGCGACGCUUCAAACUUCAAAGGAAAUCGUUAGGACACCUCCCCAAAAUGCGUUAUCCUCAUUCACACCCAAUAACGGUGAUAGCGCGUUAGGAGCUUCAGGCGAUUAUAAAUCUCUAAGUAAAGGAGAUACUGCUUCAUUCCGACUAAACAUCAGCAAAAACAGCUUAUCAGCGGAAGCUGAGGCGUCUGCGGGAGUUUGUGAAUCUGAUAUCGACAACACUUCCUACCAGGACGCCUCGAGCUCAGGCCAUCUUUCGGGGAGCUUAAAGAAAAACGGGUCGCCUCUCUUGAGAUGUAAGACAGAGUCAUCCAAUCAGAACUCUGCUCUGAUGGUUAAUGAACGACUUGAUGCCCCCUUCCAGCCGGCACCGCGGAGAAAUCUGGUUGGGAACGGCAUAGUCAUGGGUUCUCUCAUGUCUGUUCACGAUUUUCGCUCUAACUCAUCUUUGUCCAAGAGUCAAUUAGCCCGACUGUCGGAUCCCUCUGACAAGAGGUCUCCUUCUGCCUCGCGACCCACUGUGCUCAGAACUGGCAGAUGUGGACAAGCAGCUUCGCGCCAGCUGAACAACAUUGAGAAAGUCUCUCCUCAUGAUGAGAGAGGAAGGCCGUGGUCAGAUGAAUUCGACUUUCCACGAAAUAUUACUGUGUCGGAUUGCAUCGAGUCCCCUACUGAUAACUUUCAGUGCGAAGGACAGUUUCCAAGAGUAGCUAACAUGGCUACCCGAGAGGCUCCAGCUAAAGCAUUAACUCGUCAAGGUCACAUCUCAGCAGAUGAGGAAAACUUUGUUCAGAGAAGCUUCAGUCAAGCAGACCAACCAGUCGCCGAUGUAGAUAUCGCUGAAAAUGGAGAGGAAAUAUUUAAUUUAAUGGAGUGUAAUACUGAGAGAAAUGAGUUUGAGCUCAGCGAAGACGUGGCAAACUCUGAGAUGACUGAUGCUUGUUGUCAGACCGAGUUUGACGAAGAAUUUUUGCCCUGGGACAGCCAAGACCCACUCGAGUCUUUAGAUGACGCUGCCAUUGAUGCUUCAGAAAACACACGAAUCUGGCUGUUGACCGGGAACAUGCAAGGCUCUGCAGACACUGGCUACUCAAGUCUAGCUCGGGAUAGCCGAGUCAUCACAGACGAAGAUCUUGUCUUAACAAGCGAGCAGGAAGAGCGCACAGCGGCUGAGAGAAUGUCCCUUGUUAUCAACUCUAGGCCAGGCUCUCAAUGCCGCGUCACAACGUCUCCCUCCAGAAACACUUUGACUUGCGAACCCCCGAAAGAUACAGCUCUUGAAGCUGUCACCGCGUCUACUUCUCUUCCUUGCAAGGAGGCGACAACUGCGAGCGGAUCCAGUAACGACGUUGUUUUGCAGGAGCAGGACGUGACGUCAGACUUUGACGUCCUGGUAGACACAGACAUAAACGGUAACCCAGAGACUUUAUCAAGCUCAAAAUCGGUGACUGCAGUGGCAUGCACCACCCCAGUUCCACCAAAGUCUAUCUCUUCAAAUACUGUAAACGACAUGUUUUCGAAUAUAGAAAACCAAUUCCAAGAAAUAUUCCAGCAAAUGUACCCACACAAAGAGGCAAUGGAUGAUAAUAAGUCCAAGCAUGACUUAUCUGACAGUUCUGACUCGACUUUGAAGUCAUUUGGUUCUCGCCAUUCUGUGCCAGACGUGCAUCAGGACAAUGUGGAAUGUAAUCAGGAUUCAGAAACUGGAGAGCAGGGUGGUGAAAAGGUCACUGGCAAUUCAGAUCCUCCUGUAAGAACUUUAGAUACUUUUCUAAAUCAUGUAUACGAAAACGUUCCCCAUUUAAAACAAACCACGAAGUCCCCAGGAACACAGCCUCUGGUGGAUAGUAGUAGGAGUCACAACGUAGACAUGCAGAGACUCUCUAAUGGUUGUGACUCUUAUAACAGCACUGCAGAUUCUACAAAAUUGUCAUUUCAGUCUGAAAAUGGACUGGGUGAAGGAGCAGUGGACAUACCUUUCAUUGAUGAAGACCCAUUGUCUGUUUCUUCUGGCAUUGAGUUACAGUGCGCCUCAGACGCCGUGCAGUCGAGUGUGGAAGACAAAGCUGAUUACCUGGCGUUUCUGCGCGAUGCUCCUCUCGAUCGGCCACACAUGAAAAGACCUCUCUUCCUCGUGCCAGGUGUUGGUCCAGUGGACAUGUCAAGCUCAAAUCGAGUCUGUCUCAUGCAAGACUCUCCCAGCCCUCGUGACGCAAAACACAAAGAGACCUUGAUGACCUUGCGAGACGACAGGGAGACCAGCAGCCUGGCGGAGCGUGUCAUGCUCCUGCGGCAGGAGAAGGAGAUGGUCUACAGGAAGAUCCAGGAGGCUCAACAGACCGAGGUGUCCCGGCAACAGCAGCAGCUACAGCAUCAGCGAGACCUGCACGUGCAACGGAAACAGGCCUUACUGGAGUCCUUGCAGGAGCUGAAGGGACGCCUGGAGGAGCAGAGUCGGAAGUUACAGGCGCAGUCUGGGGGAAAAUUGUGAGAAAGUUUAGAUAUGCCAAACUGUCUUCUUCCUUAGGAUGAAAAAUACGGCGUACAGCUUUUUUUCUUCUCACAAAUUGUGAGAAAGUUUGGAUAUGCCGAACUUACUUCUUCCUUAGGAUGAAACAUACGGUUUACAACUUUUUUUCACAAAUUGUGAGAAAGUUCAGACGUGUCAAAAUUACUUUUAUCUUUGGGAUUAAAGUAAAUUGUGCAACCUUUUCAUAAAUCGUGAGAAAGUUCAUGGUGGUCAAACUUACUUUUUAAGGAUGAAAAUAAGUUGUACAGCUUUGUUCAAUUAAGUUAUCUUCCUUCGGGAACCAAUUCUCUGCUGUUUAAGCACCUUGUCCAGAAACUUUGACUGCUCUUUGAUUUAACCAAUAGCUUGUCAUUUAAGGGUCAACAAAUUUCUUUGUUCUGUCAAGUACUGCCAUUGAAAUAUAACAUGGACUGUACAUUAUCUCUCUGUUUAACUCUCUGUUUAACACAUCGGGUUUGUUUUCUUUUGCACCGAUGUGUUUAGAAGUUCGUUUUUUUCUAGAUUCAUUUUUAUUUUAAAAUAUUUUUUCUUUUUGUUUUUGUUUGCUUUGUUUCAUUAAGCCAACCAAACUUGAAUGCUGGACAAGCUGAUUUAAUGCCUUGCUACUCAAGGGGCUUUUAACUGAAGCUUCCUAAGCGCUCGUGUACAGGAUAAGUGUUUGGCAAUUUGUUGUCAUUAUAUUGAAUCACAGUUAAUGUUGAUGGUCACAGAAAGAUACUGUAUGGGUUGAGGAUUGGAAAAACCAGAAUUGUGUACAUAGUAUUAAUUGAUAUGCUAA